UUUCGAUAUAUACUUGUCUUCAACUUAAUUUUUCUUACUUUUUAAUAAAAAAAAAGGUAUGAUAUGCAUUAUCGGAGGAUCCUAAACUUGUCUAUAAGAUCUCACGAGGCGGUCUCUGACUUUGAUUACAUCGUACAACCCAUCUCUUUUGUUUGAUAACUUCUCUCUCUCUCUCUGUUCAUCAUCACACUUUCUAGAGACUGCUUCUUCUUCUCUUUCCUUGAAUUUGAUGGCACUGUCUCUUCUCUCCUACGAUGUCUCCGACCUCUGUCUCGGCAAGCCUCCACUCCGUUCUCUCUCCGCCUCUUCCUCCUCCGUAUCAGACGCCAUCACUGCCCUGAAAUCCUCUGAAGACACUUUCCUCUCUGUCUGGAACUGCAAUCACAACGAUGACGUUGUCACAGAAUGCGAGUGCUUGGGGAAAAUAUCAAUGGCUGACAUCAUCUGCCACUUGUCCAAAGACCACGACCACACUCUCUCUGCCUUAAACGCAUCCGUCUCUGUUCUUCUCCCCAAAACUCGUUCCAUUGUCCUCCAUGUUCAACCCUCGUGCAGCUUAAUCGAAGCCAUUGAUCUGAUAAUCCAAGGAGCACAGAAUUUGAUUGUCCCAAUACAGACAAAGCCCUUCACUAAGAAAAGGCAGCAUAAGGACAACGUGUCGGUCACCACCACCACCCACUCGAACGGACGACGAUUCUGCUGGAUCACACAAGAAGACAUCAUUCAGUUUCUCCUCGGAUCCAUCGCCGCAUUCUCUCCUUUGCCGGCCAUGUCACUCUCUGACCUCGGUAUCAUCAACAGCACACACACGAUCCUUGCGGUCGAUUACCACUCCUCCGCCUCCGCAGUUGUCUCCGCCAUAUCCAACGCUCUCGCCGUCCAAACUUCUGUCGCAGUGGUCGACGGUGAGGGAGAUGAUGACCCUUUUACGUAUUUGAUCGGUGAAAUAUCCCCAAUGACACUAACUUGCUGCGACGAGACAGCAGCUGCGGCGGUGGCGAUGCUCUCUGCAGGAGAACUGGUGGCGUACAUAGACGGAGCAAAUCCGCCGGAGAGUUUUGUUCAGAACGUCAGGAACCGUUUGGAGGACAAAGGAUUGAUGGGUUUGCUCUCGCUUUUCGAUUCUCUCUCACCUUAUUCGACGUCGUCGGGUUAUUCCUCGGAGGAAGAAGCUCCAGCGAGGACGACGUCGACGUAUGGGAGGUCGAUGAGCAGCUCAGCAAGAGUGGCGAGGAAGUCGGAGGCCAUAGUGUGUAACCCGAAGAGCUCGUUAAUGGCGGUGAUGAUCCAAGCGGUUGCUCAUCGAGUGAACUACGCGUGGGUGGUUGAAACGGACGGUUGUUUCGUUGGCAUGGUUACUUUUGUUGAUAUCUUAAAAGUUUUUAGGAAUUUUUUGGAGAAUAAUGACAUGUGAAAAGUUUUGUUUUUCUUCUGUGUUUUGUCGAUUACUAAAGCCCAACAAAAAAUGUGUAUUUAGGGGUGUGUUUUUUUGUGUGUGGAUGAGCCGGGUGGAGUUUGUAAUUAACCAAAACUGAAUCAAACGUUUUUGGUUUGUUUAAUUUAAUAGCAAUCACUUUGAUUUACGAA